CAGACGAGAUGGCCUGACGACAGGUUCGAGGCUCUUUGGAAAGUCCCUCCAGCAAUACAGAAUUCAUCCGGACCUCCCGCAUGGAAGAUAAAAUGCAUAGAUUGUCCCGGAAAAUUAUACAACCCCGGUCCGAACGAAUCCUUGAGUAAUUUUGAGGUCCAUCUGAAGAACCGGAACCAUCGGGAGAAUGUGAAGAGGCGGCUGGCGAAAGGAGAGUCGUAG